AUGAUUGCCUCGUCUCAAGCCGCCUCUGUCGUCGCGGACGGCGCCCUCCCGCCUCUGCCUCCGUCGCCUCAUCAUCGUGCUCUUCCCACCAAGGCGGCCCAUCUUCCCUAUCUGCCCUCCGCCGCCAAGGGGCCCGCUUCGUCGCUCCGUCGCCCCAAUACACAUCCCGUCGUCCUGGCAAAGGCCUCAAAGGCGGUGCUGCCCGACAACCCUGCUGCCGCCCCGGUCUUCUUGCCGACCUCCACGCCUCCCGUCUCGCCUGCCGCGCCCCAGCUCACCAUCAACCCGUUUGUCCAUGCCUCCAAGAGUGUGGGCGGGCUGUUCAUCCGGGAGGACGAUGCGGUGAUUCUGGGACUGGAGCCCGUCGGCUCCCACGAGUCGUGCUAUGGGACCGUCACGAGAUACUCCCCGGUCCUCCUCAGCGUGUUCAGCCACUACCAGAUCGUGAACAACGUCUUUGCCCUGCCCAAGCCCUUCGAUAACACCGAGUAUCACGACGGCAUCAUGGGAAAGGACCUGCUGCUGGCCCUGGGCUUCAAUGUCGCCGUCGACCGCGGCGUCAUCUAUCUCCAGGAUCCCGACGAUCACUUUUACCACCGGACACUCGUCCGAACGGGCAACUGA